UCCCCACUGUUCUCAGCACUAGCAGUUUUUAGUAGUUGGAAACCAGCAAACCACAAACAGCACACCACACACUGUCUCCACUCCUUCAAUUAAGUACACGGCAAAGAGAAAGCAAGCAGAGCAGGAAAUUAGAAGGCUGUGGAGGAGUCCAGUCUAGCAGGCUGAUCUUGUCAUCAACAAUCCUUGGUUUCCUUCAAAGCUAACCCUCUCUCUCUCUCUCUCUCUCUCUCUCUCUCUCUCUCUCUCUCUUGUGGAGGAGGCAGCAGCCUCUCCACUUGUCUUUUUGAGGCUUUAACUCCUAUUAACGAAGCUUAGGUAACAGUCAAGUGUUCACUGCUCUCUCUCUCUCUCUCUCUCUCUCUCUCUCUCUCGGCCCAUCUACGAAGUAUGCCUUUCUUGAUCGUUGGUCUCCCUAGCGUUUCUGUUGUGGUUCUGUGUGAGCUGCGUGGAAGUGAGAUUGGAAAUGGAAGGACAGGCCGGACUUGCUCUCGGUUACUGUUCAUGGUGGUCACAUAAAUACAAAGCCUAGUCACAAUCCACUCACUCUAUAUAUAUAUCGACAGCCCUCCCUCUUUCUUCCCACUCUCUUCUUCUAAUUCUCUUCUCCGUCUUUGUUUUCUCUCUUUCGUCUGUGUUGGAAAUCUUGAGACGUGGGGAUGGAUGCUGUGGAGGAUCAGAACAUUCAUAGCGUGAGCAGUGACAACAGCCACAGCAAUGGCCGGUUCGCCACCGCCAUCGUCAAAGGCAAGAGGACGAAGCGGCAGAGGGCGGCCGCAGCAACCGCCGUGUCCCCGGCUUCGUCUACCUCGUCCGCUGAGCUCUCCAGCAGCGUUACAGAGGAAGAGGAGGACAUGGCCAAUUGCCUUAUCCUCCUCGCUCAGGGCCGUUCGUUAGUUGCAGGUGCAGAGAAUGAAACCGCGGUGGAGAACGCCAGCCAGGCCGAGAAGUCCACCGUUCGCAAGCUCACCGAGACGGCCACGACCACGAACGGGAAGCCCGGCGUCUAUGUGUAUCAGUGCAAGACCUGCGACAAAUGCUUUCCUUCCUUCCAAGCGCUCGGCGGGCACCGCACGAGCCACAAGAAGCCGAAGCUGGCACCGGUGGACGACGGAGACGGCCCACAAAUAACCAUGAAUUCUCCGAUCGCAAAGCCUUCCGUGGCGUCACACAUCAGCAACAUCAACAAGCCCAGGGUGCACGAGUGCUCGAUCUGUGGAGCGGAGUUCUCCUCGGGGCAGGCUCUCGGCGGCCACAUGCGGCGGCACCGCCCCAUAACCGAGUCAUCGGAGGCCAAGAAGGAGAAGAUCGUCCUCCCCUUGGAUCUCAAUCUCCCCGCUCCAUCAGAUGAUGACACCCAAGACCUACCCAAGUUGCCACCUCCAGCCGCGGCCUUCCCCUUUGAAACUCAGCAGCCGCUUGUUUUCUCAGCCUCGGCUUUGGUGGAUUGCCAUUACUGACCAAUCAAUACAUGGAAGCAAACCUCUCCUCCUCCUUUCUUGUCUUCAUUUCUUUGUUCUGAACUAUGGCAUAUCAAAUGAAUUGUAUUUAACUGAACAUAUAUAAUUGAUUCUUUGCAUU